AUGAGCGUUAAUGUAGUGUUCACACAAAGAGCAUUUGCUAAUGCUUUACAUCCUUCGAAAGUGAGUGGAGCGCCAAGAUAUAAGGAAGUCAAAGUAGUAUUUGACAAAGAGUAUUUGCAAAUGCUUUUGCAUCAUUAUAACCGAGUUGAUUAG